AUGAGUUUUACUCAAGAUCUUACCUGGCAGGGCAUAUUUAGAGCAUCUCCAGUCGCGUCCCCCAAAGCGUCCCCCAAAGGGAUUUGGGGCGCGCCGGACAAAAAAAGCGUUCCAGCCGCGUCCCCCAAAGCCCAUUUUUGUCCGGCGCGGCCCCAUACGGUGUCCGGCGCCCCGAGCCCGUCCCCGUCCCACAGGGGACGCUCCGGGGACGCCGGACACAACGAAAAGCGAGGCGGGCUCCCACAUGUCGGCGACUAUUUGCAUAAACCGUUGGUUCGCGCCUCUUUUCUCGUCGCUCCUUCCUUCCCGCGCCUCCCACUCCACCGCCGCCGCUGGAUUUCCCGGCCGUUUGGGCGUCUGAUUUGUGCUGGGAGUCAGCACCGUUGUCGCGGCUGGGGCUCCCGCCGGUCGUGCCGCCGCCGCCGCGUCGCCAGCGCCUCCCAGAACGCGCCGUCAAAUCCGCCCCACCUCCGCGCACAGAAGGUGCUCGACGACUUGCCAGGCAUGGACAGCGACGAUGAGAUGGUUGCCCUGCUUUCCGUUACACAGUUCCGUCAAAGUUUUACCUGGCAGACAGAAAUGCCCCUCUGCUGA